GGCCGGAGCGGAGCGAGGCGCGCGCGCCUUGGAGAUCGCGCGCCCUGCCCGCACGCUCGAGGCCCCGACCGCCCUCUCCUUCUAGCCCCGCUUCUCGGCCGGCUGCGCUGGGCAGCCCCCGAAGCAUGCGCCUCCGCGCGCCCGCAGCCGCUGCCGCGGAUGGUGCGCGCCCGGCCCCCCUGCGCUCGGCACUCCCACCCCCUCCCGGGGGGCCCGAGCGGCGGCGGCAGCUGGGGGGGCGCAGCCCGAGCAGCGGCCGCAGCGGGAGGAGGGAGUUCUGGAGGGGGCUGCUGGCAGGGCGCACGCUCGCAUGGCCGUAGCGUCUCCUGGUCCCCCAGCCCCAUGUGGUUAGGGAGGGUCGAUUCCUCGACAGCGCCGGCGGCUGCACCAGCACCGACUGCCUGAGCUGGAGCUCCCACAGCUGCCUCCCCAGGAGCCGGAGGGAGGGAAGAAAGGAAGGAAGGAAGGAGAGAGGGAGGGAGAAAACCAAAGAAAUCUCUUGGGCAGGGAUGUGACCAUUCGUUCCUUUCAAUGUCAUGGGCUUCGAUUCCCCCUCCCUGGGGAAAAUCGGCGCCUUAGUGUGAGAAAGGAGGCUCACUGUCCAGCAGACCGCAGAGGGCUCGCGGGCUGGGGACCAGGCGAAUAGAGGGUGACGGUACGCUGGGGGACUUUGCCAUCCUCGUGCCCCGCACUGGGGAGGAAGAGCAGCCAGGAUCCCCUUCCCUUUCCCCUACCCCACCAGCUUGGUUUUCUCCUCGGGAGGUGUUUUGACUUGACUUCAAGGAAGGACUGACGGCCCACUCAGACCCCACAUCGUCUUCCUCUGAGCCCCGGUUUGGGUGGCAGCUUCUUCGUCGUGGUGACCCUUUCCCCAUGACCCUAAGGUCCCACGAGUCCACCGUGGAUGGUGCGGAAGGGACUCGAAGCCAGUGGGGGGCGGCAGGUGCAGCAGAGGAGCAGCCCUCGGAGGUGGUGCGUUUGGCUACAGCCAUGCGGGAAUUGAGCCAGGCAGGAUGGUACUGGGGAAGCAUGACUGUUAAUGAAGCCAAAGAGAAAUUAAAAGAUGCCCCCGAAGGAACCUUCCUGAUCAGAGACAGUUCUCACUCGGACUACUUGCUUACUAUAUCUGUCAAAACCUCAGCAGGACCAACCAAUCUUCGAAUAGAAUACCAGGAUGGGAAAUUUAGAUUGGACUCCAUCAUCUGUGUUAAAUCCAGGCUGAAACAAUUUGACAGCGUGGUCCAUCUAAUUGAAUACUACGUGCGAACUUGCAAGGAUAAGAGGACGGGUGCCGAAACCCCUCGGAAUGGAACCGUGCAUCUCUAUCUGACGAAACCCCUCUAUACGUCCACUCCAACUCUCCAGCAUCUCUGUAGACUCUCUAUAAACAAAUGUACAACUAAGAUCUGGGAAUUGCCUUUACCAACAAGACUAAAAGAUUACUUGAAAGGCUAUCAGUACCAGGUAUAAAUUUCUCUCUUUUUUCUAAACACGCCUCAUGUAGAAUCUCUCUGAAUGCAGCUAUGUCAAGAGAGCCAAAUCGGCAUAGCCCUGGCUAGCCACGUGUCCAACUCAGAAAUGAGAUUUCCCAGUAAGAACAACUGUAGUGAAACUAAUUUAAGUGUCCAAGGAAGGCUGGGGGGG